GACGAUAUCGAACGUCGGCCAUGUCUCUCUAGUGGCGAACAGGUACAGGUGUACGGUUAACCAACGUUGCGCGUACGAUUUUUGUUGAAGGUCAGUUUAUUCCGCGAAAAAAAAAUGGCCCGAAUCGUCGCAGUAAAAGAAUACCUUGAGAAAGCGUUGAAGGAUGAGAGCAAACCGUGGACAAAGAUGUUCGCUCUCGCGGAAGAGAAGACCGGCAUCGAUCGGCUGUACAUUUUUGUCGGAUCAUUGAUAUUCCUGGCUAUAUACCUGGUAUUUGGAUUAGGACAACAACUAGUAUGUAAUAUAGUCGGUUUUGUUUACCCUGCAUACCAAUCUAUGAAAGCAUUGGAAACUUCUAAGAAAGAGGAUGACACAAAAUGGCUCACUUAUUGGGUGGUUUUUGCUGUAUUUACUAUAAUAGAAUUCUUUUCCGAGUAUAUUGUCUGCUGGUUUCCAGUCUAUUGGCUGUUUAAGUGUAUAUUCUAUAUAUGGUUGAUGGCACCAAUUGCCGAGUAUAAUGGUUCCUUGAUUCUAUAUCGUCGUAUCAUCCGUCCAAAGUUCAUUCAGUACCAACCUGGAUUCGACAGAUUUUUGUCUAAUGCACGUGACACAGCAGUUAAGACUGCGACGGAAGCAUUGCUGACCAACAAGCAAGAAUAAUGAAGCUGUCAAAUCAAACAGAUAGAAAGUCCAUUUGUGUCUUUCCCUUUUUACUCAUUCCUAGCAGAGAGAGCGUGAAUUUUGUGCUUUAUCGAAUAUUACCGAGCGUUGUUACAUUAACGACUACAAAGAUGAAGAAAAUGCCAAACAAAUAGAAAUUUUUAUUAUCCUAGAUGCUAUUUUCAAAUGGAUCAGGGAAAACCAAAGUUAUCCAAAAUUGUGAAUAGAUAGUGAAUAUGAAGGAUGCACGAAUGAAAAAAGCCUCCCUCUGAAAAUAAAUCAUUUACAAUACAAUA